AUUGAAGGAAUUUAAUUUAUUUCCGGUCAACGUUACUGGGACAACGCUGUUUUCUGGUCAAUUAUCUAAAUCAAGUAGUAAAAUAUCAAUUGAAUGGUCUGAUCUAUUAGGUUUCAACGGAUCUACCGUAACGUUAAAAAAUCAUGGAUAUCCCCAAUGCCCCCGAAGAUCAAGAACUGAGGAAUGUCAUUGACAAGCUGGCCCAGUUUGUCGCUCGGAACGGGCCAGAGUUUGAAAAGAUGACAAUGGAGAAGCAGAAGGACAACCCCAAGUUCUCCUUCCUCUUUGGGGGAGACUACUUCAGCUACUACAAGUGCAAGCUGGCUCUGGAGCACCAACGACAUCCUUCUGCCCAUGAUGGGGAGGAGUAUAACUCUGAAGAAAUGUACAUCCCAGGCACCAAAGACGUGGUUGAUAUCCCUCCUCCCACGCUGCCCAUGAUUCCUCAGCCCGCAGUGCCGUCUCUUGAUGAGCUCAUCCAACAUAGCCAAUGGAACCUGCAGCAGCAGGAGCAGCACCUGCACACACUCCGACAGGAACAAGUGAGUGCAGCCAUAGCUCUGGCUAUGGAGCAGCGCACUCAGAAAAUGCUGCUAGAAACUCAACUGGACAUCACAGAGUUGGACAACCUGCUGCAGCCUAUCAUAGACACCUGCACCAAAGACGCCAUCUCUGCGGGUAAGAACUGGAUGUUCAACAACGCCAAGACUCCACACCACUGUGAACUGAUGACAUCACAUCUUCGCAACCGCAUCACUGCGGAUGGAGCGCAUUUUGAGCUCCGCCUACAUCUCAUCUAUUUAACCAAUGACGUUCUCCAUCACUGCCAGCGGAAGCAGCAGAAGGAUCUGUUGGCCGCUCUGCAGAAUGUUGUGGUUCCCAUCUACUGCACUAGCUUUCUGGCAGUGGAGGAGGAGAAACAGCAGAAGAUUACCAGGUUGCUGCAGCUGUGGGAGAAGAAUGGCUAUUUUGACGAGCAGACCAUUCAGCAGCUCCAGAAUCCAGCCCUGGGCCUCGGGCAGUACCAAGCGUCUCUGAUUACGGAGUAUGCUGUGGCAGUGCAACCCAUCCAACUGGCCUUCCAGCAGCAGAUCCAGGCUCUGAAAUCCCAGCACGAGGAGUUUGUUGCCAGCCUGAAGCAGCAGCCGCUUUCUGCCUCGGCAGCUCAGCUCGCUCCCCGAGCUGAGCUUGAAAAGGCCCCGCCGCUGAGCACCAAAGCUGGUGGUGUGAAGCCUCCCAUGGCUGUACUUCCUCCAGGAGAGUUUGAUGGGGCUUCAUCCAGACCACAGGACACCAGUGGGCCUUCCGAUAUCACCAAUAACAAGCCUGGGUGGUACGACACUCAGCACCUGGGCCCCUGGAACCCCAACCAACCGCCUCCUUUUGACCCAAACCAGCCACCCCCCCCCUGCCCUCCUUGGACCAGCCACGAGGGAAUGUGGAAUGAGCAGAGAGAACCAGGAAAUUGGAGUGGAGGUCCACCCAGAGAAAGCGGCCCCUGGAGCGGCCCUGGGGGCCCUGACCAAGGUCCUCCAUCUUGGAAUUCAUAUGACCAGCAGCCGCCAUGGGGGAACCAGCCUGACCAGCCCCCAUGGGGCCAGAGGGAGCCUCAGUUUCCUCCACGCAUCCAGAGACCUCCUCAUUUCAGAGGGCCCUUCCCUCCACACCAGCAGCCACCUCCUUUCAACCAGCCCCCACCACCACCACCACCACCACCACCACACAGUUUUGGACGCUUUCCACCCCGCUUUAUGCAGGACGACUUUCCUCCGCGACACCACUAUGACAGGCCGCCGUACACCCCGCACCGCUUCGACUAUGCUCAGGGAGAUUACCCUGCAGACAUGCCGGGUCCCCCCCACCACCAUCCCACUCAACGGCUGCCUCCCCCAAGUAUGGCAGCUGAGCAUCCUCCGUGGGGUGGAGGCCAGCACCCAGAUUUUGGCCCACCCCCACACGGCUUCAAUGGCCAUUCCCCCCAAGUGCGUCAUCGUCAGCAGCCAGUGCAAGACGACCCCAGCCUGGUGCCCAACGUACCCUACUUCGACCUGCCGGCUGGCCUCAUGGCUCCACUAGUCAAACUGGAGGACUGUGACUAUAAACCGCUGGACCCCAAAGACAUCCGGCUGCCCCCCCCCAUGCCGCCUAGUGAUCGGCUGCUAGCCGCUGUGGAAGCUUUCUACAGCCCUCCAUCCCAUGAUCGGCCUAGGAACAGUGAAGGCUGGGAGCAGAACGGACUUUAUGAGUUCUUCAGGGCCAAGAUGAGAGCCCGGAGGAAAAAAGGACAGGAGAAACGCAACAGUGGUCACGGAGGCAGUCGGUCCAGCAGUCACUCCCGCAGCAGAGGGAGGUCCUCAUCUCGCUCAAGCUCCCGCUCCUCAAAGUCCUCCAGGUCCCAGUCUCGAUCAUCCCGCUCCCACUCCCGCAGCCGGUCUCGCUCCUACUCCCGAUCCAGGUCUAGGAGUGGAUCCCGAUCAUCCCGGAGUCGGAGUCGCUCUCGCUCCAGAUCCAGAUCACGUUCACCCGCAAAGAGACGCCAUGGCCCCAAAACCCAGAGUUCUUCUCCUGGUUCCACAUCCGUGUCGGCUGCCGCUCCCUCCAAACCAUCUGCAGACAUUAGGCUCGGCGAAGAGAACAAGGGCCAUCAGCUGCUCAUGAAGAUGGGCUGGAGUGGUUCGGGGGGUUUGGGGGCCAAAGAACAGGGGAUCCAGGACCCCAUCAAAGGAGGAGACAUCAGGGAUAAGUGGGACCAAUUUAAAGGUGUUGGGGUGUCACUGGACGACCCUUAUGAGAACUAUCGCAGGAACAAAAGCUACAACUUUGUCGCCCGGAUGAAGGCACGAGAAGAAGUCAAUCGGGAACCCCAGGAGCCCCCCCCAACUGAGUGAAGUCAUCAAAGUCCUCCUUCCCUGUUGCCGCCUGCACCUAUGAUCUGAAUUUGAGUCCAGUGAAAGGCAUCAUCUCUCCUCAGAAGCGACUGGUGGAAGCGGUGAACUGGUCUGGGCUGUCAGCAAUAACACCAUUUACACCACAGAACUCAUCAGCCCACUCUGCAGCGAUGGGUGAAAGACAUGUUGCUUUUACAUGACGACUGGUAUUUGUUGCUAAAGAGCAUCAGACCUCCUACAAUUUAAGCAUUGAGAAUAUAAAGAAACCAAAUGUUCUGAAUAUCAAGGCAGUGUUUUUGGACACGUGGACAUUUUUAUUCAUAUUUACAUACAAAUUAUUUUCGGCCUAGAUAUUAUUGGUUAAGAGUCCAGUUAGCGCUAAUCAGAAAAAUGUAAUGCAUCGAAUUUGCCCUUCAUGGUAAUUUGUAUAAAAUACAAAAAUGUGUUUGAGAAAUGUUUGGUUUUCCUUCCAGAAACAAUGCAGACUCACAUUUACUUCUGUAGAUAUAACGAGUCUUUUUCUCCACAAACUUAACUAGUGACAUGACGACCAAAUAAACAUCACUGACUCACAAA